AUGCCUGUUGACCAUAUGAGUUGUGAUGAGGCACAGAAGAUGAGAGUGUGCUUGUUGUAUGUCCAGCUCUGGUUGUGCGCGAUGAGACAGUUUGUGGUCCUCUUCCAGGACCAUCAAGCAACCGCAGUGAAUGUCUACGAUCUCAACUGUGUGCGAGGCCCGCACCGGCUCGCCGGCGUAGCACAGAGGUUGAGUUAUGAUUCCGCGGAGAUCAGACAGCUGUGCUGCCGUGAAACUAAUGAGACCACAGCUCGUUGCGAUGUUGAAAUGUGUGCCCCAGAGCAAGGACUGGAGCACAUCUUUCCAAAUGGACAAGCGGGUUCUACGCCGGCAUUAAAUCACAAUGGUGAGGACGACGUCCGGCGAUACAACCGUCCUCGAGCCUCUCAGCUCCAGAACGACGGGGCGUAUUUCUUUGUGGGUCAUGUGUAUGGUUGUGAUCAGCCUGCUGCUCAGCGCCUGACCUUGUUCGCUGUUACAAGGGAGCCGAUAAAUAGCCCUUUAACGCUGGUUCAGCGAGGAACUUAUUCCCCAUCUAACCCCGGACUCGAUGACAUGGAAGAUAUAACGCCUCCUCUGGCUCCGGGGUUUGAAGACUUCAGUGCCCCCCUCGCACAGAAGACGGAUAUAUCUCUGCAUCGUAGUGCAAUAGAAAUACUGCAGAUGUGGUAUGAAUCUUCACGUACAUCACUGAUAGUUUUGUUCUUGUUUUCCUCCCGUUCAUACUACAAGUUCAUUAGGGAAAACGUGUUGCAGCUGCGUUCGACAAUAAAUCUUUUAGCUAAAGAUCAUUACUUUAUGACGAGCCGAAAGAUUUCUGGCCCCGGGGACGGUACCUCGGUAAAGAAACGGCCAACCACCGUUUAUGCGGCAGAACUUCUUGGCAUCCUCAUGGGCCUAAACUUAAUUUUAACAUCAUCAAGCCGGAGCAAAGCGGCGAUUUUUACGGACAACCAGGCAGCCCUAAUAGCCCUCCAGAACCCCCGGAGAUCGUCUGGCCAGUCCAUACUUUUGAGAAUUAUUGACAGUUUGGAAAGGGCCAAUUCACAGGGCCUCAAAGAAUUCUACUGGAUCCCGGCGCACCAUCGCAUUUGCUAA